AUGACGAAUUUAUGUGUUUACGUUGGAUUACUGCUGUCCCUGCUGGUGGCGACCGGCGAAGGCUAUCUAAAUCUGUACAUCAACGUGGUCGAAGUCCAGAGAUUACUUGGACUGUCGGCGGAAAUUUACUACGUGCGCGAGGGUCAAGUGAACGAAUAUGCGCUGCAUUUCACGGUUCCGGUUCCGGCGGAUGUCGAGGAGAUUUCGUUCACCUGGCAAAGCCUCGCCAAAAAACCGCUACCCUACCGGAUCAACAUCGUGUCCUCGGAUCCGAUCGCGCUACCAAAACCAACGAUGAACGUAUCGCGCGAGGACGAAAUCCCAGAGCACAUCGAAACCUUCGCGAUCGAGCUGCGCUGCAGUGGACGAGAAUCUGCCGAAGUUGAUGUAACGAUCGAGAUCGAGGUAACGCUCGAUCAACUCACCGGAAACACUACGGAGCUUCUGUUCCGCCGGAAGAAGAUCUGUCUGAUGAGUGAACAUCCGGACGUUAACCAACCCGACCCAUACCUGCUGGAAAAUGCCUCCACUGGGCAAAAUGGACUUAUCACGAUCAUUAUCGGUGGUAUCCUUGCGAUCGUGUUCGUGGCGAUCGUGAUCGCGAUCGCGUACUGCGCGCGUGGAUCCUUCAAUCGGAAACCUCACCACGCGCAACCCAUCCGCACGUCCAGCUUCCAGCGUUUGCAAACACACGCACCCUCUGCUCCUUCCUCGAUCGUGUCACCACCCUCGAUCGCACCCACGAUCGCGACACUCUCACGUAACCGGAUCUACGCAAAUGCCGAACCGGAAGAACUUCAACGGCGUAUUUCCGAGCUAACCGUGCAACGAUGCCGAGUGCGGCUGUCCAGCCUGCUGCAGGAGGGCACGUUUGGACGUGUGUAUCGCGGAAGCUACAACGACAGCCAGGAAGUGCUGGUAAAAACGGUCGGACCACACGCGUCCCAAGUGCAGGUGUCGCUGUUGCUGCACGAAGGCAUGAGCCUGUACGGUGCGCAACAUCCUGGCAUCCUAUCUGUGUUGGGCGUAUCGAUUGACGAUCAUUCGGCACCAUUUCUGCUUUAUCUGGCACCGGAGAACACGCGCAAUCUGAAGAUCUUCCUGCAGGAACCGGUGGCACGGACGUUGACCACGAUCCAGAUCGUUAAGAUUCAGCUGCAGCUCGCGCAAGCCCUCGGUCAUCUGCACAGCCACGGUGUGAUCCACAAGGACAUUGCGGCACGGAAUUGCGUGAUCGACGAUCAACUACGCGUGAAGCUGGCCGAUAACUCGCUGGCACGGGAUCUCUUCCCUGGUGACUACUACUGCCUCGGGGAUAGUGAGAACCGACCGAUCAAGUGGCUCGCACUGGAAUCGAUCCAGUACAAGCAGUUCAGUGAAGCGUCCGACACGUGGGCCUUCGGUGUGUUGAUGUGGGAACUGUGCACGUUGGCUCGACAACCCUACGCCGAGGUUGAUCCUUUCGAGAUGGAACACUAUCUGCGCGAUGGGUACCGGUUAUCGCAGCCAAUAAACUGUCCAGAUGAGCUGUUCGCGAUAAUGGCCUACUGCUGGACAAUGCUCCCGAUGGAGCGACCCUCGUUCGAGCAGCUGCAGAUCUGCCUGCAGGACUUUUACGCUCAGCUGACGCGCUACGUCUAG